CGACACAUACCUCGAAGAAGGUCGGUGUAUUCGCCAUGGGGAUCGCAAUGUCCAAAGUGUUCGCGGCGCUGUUCGGCAGCAAGGAGGUGCGCAUCCUCAUCCUGGGCCUCGAUAACGCCGGAAAGACCACAAUACUUUACCGCCUACAGGCUGACGAGAUCGAACAGACAGUGCCUACAAUUGGAUUUAACAUGGAAACUCUGCAAUACAAGAACAUCAAGUUCCAGGUGUGGGAUCUAGGCGGCCAAACAAGCAUCCGACCCUAUUGGCGGUGCUACUACCCAAACACGGACGCCAUCAUCUACGUCGUGGACUCGGCUGACGUAGACCGCCUCAAUAUCGCCAAACAAGAGCUGCACGCUAUGCUUGAGGAGGAAGAGCUGAAGGACUCGAUUCUGCUCGUAUUUGCCAAUAAACAGGACCAGAAGGGCGCGUUGAAUGCUGCACAGAUUUCCGAAGCAAUGGGGCUGUCAGAUAUCCGCAAUCGUCAAUGGUCUAUUAAAGAAACCACAGCAACACAAGGAUCCGGACUCUUUGAAGGAUUUGACUGGAUCGUGACGUGCAUAAAGGGCGAGUAGGUGUGUGUCGUAUUCCCAGGCAUGUGUCGUCCUCAGACAGACCAAGAAAGCUUGACACGGAGAACCUUACAGGUCGCUGUUGAUAGUGCUGUCUGUCCGCCCAAUACAUCCAGGGAUGGAGGAGAUCGCACGACCGGUCGUUUAGCAAUAGAAGGAGAACCGAGGAACAGAUAAACAAGUAUGUAAGGAGGGGGAAGUAGAUAAAGCAGGAAGAAUGGAGGCAUUGGCUCGGA